AUGUUCCCGAGUCCCAAGUCGAUAAUCAACACGGUGGGAGUCAAGUUGGAUGAAGCAGCCGAGACUAGCACCUCGGACAAGUGGGCCGCGGAAAACGUAGCUCAGUGGCAGGACGAGCUUGUGAAGCGGCAACGGCUGGUAGAUCAGUCGGAUGGAAUUACUUCGCAGGAGAGACCACGGCGAGCUUUUCAGGAAGCGCCCGUUAAGAACGUCGAAAAGCUGCUCCUUGCGACAGUGGCUGAAAUAUACACCAGGGUUGUGAAACGGUGCUUGACGGGAGAUAUCGAGGAUGACGGAUUGCCGCAGGACAUUGUCGAGGCCAAAUGA